UUCCGGCCCUCCGCAGGUUGUGCGUGCUGGGGCUUAGAGGUGUUCGAGGCCGCCGGAGGCCUGGCCUGGGGCGGCUCUGAUUUGACAGUGCGGCCGCAGGAGCAUGGAGGGUCCCCUGGAGAGGGAGGCGCCCGCGGCGGCGCUGGCCGCCGUGUUGAAGCACAGCUCGGCACUGCCGUCCGAGAGCGCCCAGGUCCGGGGCUACGACUUCGACCGUGGCGUGAACUACCGCGCGCUGCUGGAGGCCUUCGGCACCACUGGUUUCCAGGCCACCAACUUCGGGCGCGCGGUACAGCAAGUCAACGCCAUGAUAGAGAAGAAACUAGAGCCGCUGGCUCAGAAUGAAGACCAACAUGCAGACCUGACCCAGAGCUGCCGCCCACUCACCGGCUGCACCAUUUUUCUGGGCUACACAUCCAACCUCAUCAGUUCGGGCAUCCGUGAGACCAUCCGUUACCUCGUGCAGCACAACAUGGUGGACGUCUUGGUGACCACGGCUGGGGGUGUGGAGGAGGAUCUCAUCAAGUGUCUGGCGCCCACAUACCUGGGCGAGUUCAGCCUCAGGGGGAAGGAGCUACGUGAGAACGGGAUCAACAGGAUCGGAAACCUGCUGGUGCCCAAUGACAAUUACUGCAAGUUUGAGGACUGGCUGAUGCCCAUUUUGGACCAGAUGGUGCUGGAGCAGAACACGGAGGGUGUGAAGUGGACGCCUUCCAAGAUGAUCGCCCGGCUUGGCAAGGAGAUAAACAACCCAGAGUCAGUGUAUUACUGGGCCCAGAAGAACCACAUCCCUGUGUUGAGCCCGGCACUCACAGAUGGCUCGCUGGGUGACAUGAUCUUCUUCCAUUCCUAUAAGAACCCAGGCCUGGUCCUGGACAUCGUUGAAGACCUCAGGCUCAUCAACACACAGGCCAUCUUCGCCAGGCGCACUGGGAUGAUCAUCCUGGGCGGUGGCAUGGUCAAGCACCACAUUGCCAACGCCAACCUCAUGCGGAAUGGGGCUGACUACGCUGUCUACAUCAACACAGCCCAGGAAUUUGAUGGCUCUGACUCAGGCGCCCGGCCAGAUGAAGCUGUCUCUUGGGGCAAGAUCCGGGUGGACGCACAGCCUGUCAAGGUCUAUGCUGAUGCCUCCCUGGUCUUUCCGCUGCUCGUGGCUGAAACCUUUGCCCAGAAGGUAGAUGCCUUCACGCCCGAGAAGAAUGAGGACUGAACACUGGACGGUGCAGCCCCAGGGAGGCCUCACCACCUCCUCUAUUUAUUAGUUUGCAGACCCAGCUCCUCCCAACUCCUUGAUCAGCAGCAUGUCUAGAAUACAUGGUCUCAGUGGUCCUUCUCAGGCUGUCUCUCUCUCUCUGUCCUUGGUCGUGGGUCCCCUGGCUUCAGCCUGUGCCAUCCGCAGCCUUGUAGGUCUCCUCCCGCCAGCAUUGGAUGCUGCCCCCCAUGGCGGUCAGCAGGCAGGGCUCUGUGGGGUGGUAGGCCAGCGACUGUACCACACUGGGACCUACAGGCAGGGCCAGCGCCAGGGCACCCUGUGGAGUGAGGGGGUUGGGAGUGUCACCAGUGUGUCUCCCUCCCCUCAGCUGCUUCUCCCCCGCUCUCAGCCACAUGCGUCUAAGUGCUUCCGAGACACUGUAAAUUUAACCAGCCACAAACUGAGCCCCUCAGUCACUCCGUCCUUCUGGGUGCUCAGGUCAAACAUCUUGAAUCUUUCUCUUACAUCUCACAUCCCUUUGUCGGUAAAUCCUCUUGGUUCUACCUUUAGACCAUGCCCAGAGAUUGCUGAUUCUCUCCACCUUCACAGCCACUACCCUCCUCCACGGCCGGUCACAUGUGGGUCCCAGCUUCCCUCCCCCUCCGCCGCCAUCUGGGCUUCACCCGCCCACUUGAUAGCCUCAAUGCCUGCUCCCUUCAUCACCCUGCAGACACAGCUCAACAAACACAGUUCUUCAAGGAGGCCACCAUUCCUCUUUCCACCUGGAAAGUGUCCCUUCACGUGCCCUCCCCUUCAGGGUGACUUCUGGUCUACAGGAACCUCGAGAAGUAGGCAGAACGUUGGCACCUUCUUAGUUCCCAGAGGGAGAGCUGGCCCCUGGACUCUCCAGGGCCCCCUGGUUCCCUCCAUCCUCUUAGGAGGCUUACUUCUCUGGCCAAGCCCCAGCUCUGACCCCACUACGCCUGGCUGGUCAGUUCGCAUCCUGACACCUCCAACAGGCUGAGACACAUCAGGACAGGGCCCACAGGGCCCACAGGGCUUGGGGGCUGGAUACCACAGGGAUGCUCAGGGGUAGCUCAGAUUUCCUGAACAACUACAGCCCUGUCUCCCCUGAGGUCAGAUGCCACUAUCCGCUCCUCCUACCCCAGGGUCAGUCCCAGUGGCCCUGCCUGGCCUGGAUUCUGCUGCCGCCAGUGCCAUCCAAAGUGCUUCUAUCUCCUGACCAGUGCGUGUGUGCCACAACCCCGAGCCUUAGCACAUGCUGUGCCCUUUGCCAGGAAUGUUCUCGCCUCAUCCCCUCACUCACUCCUCCUUCCAGCCCCCAGUUCUAACAGCACUCCCUUAUAAAGGCCUGGGAGUGACUCAGGUAAGGACCGGGCAGGGCCCCCGUGCAGAGGCUCACCUCUACCAGGUCCCAGAAGAACACCUUCCCAUCCUCGGAGCAGCUGACCACGUGCGUGUCGCGUUCGCUCAGGCAGCAGUCCAGCUUGUACUCCUGGUUCUUAUGGCCCGUGUACCUGGGUCUCCCCUGUGUCCUUGUCUAGAAGCCGCAACGUGGAGUCCAGGCUGGACACCAGGGUGCACUGCCCGUCCCGGCUGAAGCAGGUGCAGGUCAUAGCGCCUCACCCGGCCAUCUACGGAGCUACAAGAGAGGAUGGAUCCAGCUGAAGCAUCACAGGGGCCAGUAGGUCCAGGGCUCCAGCUUUGGUGUUCCUGUACCCUCUCACCUGGCCAGGGCCCUGAGAGCAAGGCUGGGUGCCUGCCCUUCCUGGGCACCCUUCACUGUCAUGUCAUGUUCAGGACUGGCCACAGAAAACAUGCAUUGAAGUGAAUUCACGAGUGGAAUUCUGAGGCACUGCCUUUGAGACUCAGCCCCAGGGGCCAAUCAGGUCCCACUGCAUCUGUUUCUGAUUUAUACUGAGCUCCUUCUCUGGGCUACACCCUGUGUGGGAGCUUGGGACACAGCUGCUACCAAGCCAGGAGCACUUGCUGCCAACGUGGAGCCUUGCUGACUGAGGGUAAUCAGGUCCCCAAGGAGGUGACGUUUGACUUGGUACUUGAAGAUGAGAAGGAGCCAGCCAUAUGCAGUCCAAGGGGGGAUGUGUGGGAACUGGGUAGGCCACCAGGCCAUGCAGCCCAAAUGCCCCCAGUGGUGGUAUCGGCACUCCCUCAGGUUGUGGCAACAUUUGGGCAGCCCUGCAUGGGAAUAUAUAUUUUUUUAAUUGUCUCCUGCAGGUAGAACAUCAACUCUAGGUAAGCGGGGUUCUUCCUUGUUUUCCUAUCUUUGAACUCCUGUAUGCUCAUUGACUGAAAACGUGACCUGCAGGUGGUGCUCAAACACACUCGGAAUAAGUAGUAGAAGGGUAGCCCAGGCAGAGGAAGAGCAAUUGCAAAAGUCGGUCCUGGGGUGGGAGCAUGUGUGGCAUAUUUAACAGAAAUGAGCCUGGGAAUGAAUAAAAACUGAGAGCACAACAGAGACCAGACCAUGCAAGGCCUUGUGAGUGCAGUGAGGAGAGUAGAUUUUUUUUUUUUUUUUGAGAGUAGAUUUUAAUCUAAGUACAGAGACAGCUAUGAUCCCCAGUGGCACCUGGGGAGGGGCAAGGUCCUGGUCCCACUCACCCUGCGAGGACCUCAUGGUCUGACACCUUCACGCUGGAUAUGCCAUCCUUGGCUUCGUCCAGCGUCUGUAUGGGCUCAGGUCUCCGUGAGCGGCAGUCCCAGCAGCGGAUGGUGGAAUCGAUAGAGCCUGUGAGGUCAGCAUGAAAGUGGAUCAGGUUUGGGGGGGCCGGGGCAGCCCCCUGCGCCCACCUGCCUAGGCCCCGGACUCACCAGACAGGAUAACUGUGGCCUCUUCAUUAAACUGCACUGUGUUCACCUUCUGCAAAACAGGAACAGCAGCUUAGAGAAGGCUGGACUUUGGAGGAUGGGGAUAAAAGCAGGGCUCCCAGUGCAAGUUAAAGCAAGGGAAAAGGCUAGGGGUAGGGAAGGUGAAAGUUUUUGGAGGAACUGCAAGGACAGGGCUUGGUGAAGGCGGGGCCGUGGGGAAGGAUCCUUGCGCUGUAAUUGCGUGGGGAGGGGUGGGUGCCUGUCACCACCUACACGCAAUUCCGGUCCGUUCUAACGAGGCCCUUUCUUGCUUGCACUCACCCCCGCGUGGCCCCGGAAUUUACGCACGACCUGCCCUGAUGCCACAUCCCACAGCACCACUGCCUUGUCCCCGCCGCCGGAGCAGAGACUGCUGUUGUCAAAGGAGCUAGAGAGCAGAACAGGGAAGAUCAGCGUCUACCUCUGAUACCUGCCUCAGCGCCUCGAUCCCGCUCUGGCCCCCGGCUCACCCUGCCGCGUCCAGCACCUCGUAGCCGUGGCCGCUGUACGUCCGCAGUAGCGUCCCUCGCAGCGGGCUCCACAGCUUCAGGGUCUUGUCGCUGCCGCAAGUCAGACAGUAAUUGCCAUCCACUGGGGAACACCACGAGGGGGUUACUGGGCCGCCGACUUCAGGAGGCGGAGGUAGGACCCGGAAUGACGAUAAGGGCGCUCACCAUUAAAUCGCACGGCUCGCACCGCCCUCUGCCCGCAGUCCAACGUCUUCAACAGCUUCCGAGGCAGCUCCGGGCCCCGCGGUUUUGGCUCCGGGAAAGCCAUUGCUCCGCCCUCCCUUCCUCGCCACCGUACAGUAGCUUGCACCGGGGCUUUCUGCCCUGGGAACCCACGCUUUGGUGUAACCUUAUUAUUGUCCUCCACAGUCUACUUCCUAUUUCUCACUUCCGGGUUCAACGUUUAGGCUUUUUGGAGAAAGCGCUGGAAACACUGAAGCUUGUUUCCAGCGUCUCGGUUUCUUUCCCCACAUCCUGUUUUCUUGGAACAUUUUUGGCUUCUUCGAAUUCUCUGUCCCCUGGAUGGGGGGAGUUCCAGCUCCCGCCGGCAGGAACGGAAGCGCGAGGGCUGAGGGUGUUACUCUAAAAGCCAUCCUCCGUUUCCCUGCUGGAAGCCGCCGGAAGCCGCCGGAAGCUGAGACUCCCGCAGCGGAAGAGGCGCGACUCGCUAUGUCCGCGAACAAUAUGUCGGACCCACGGAGGCCCAACAAAGUGCUGAGGUACAAGCCCCCGCCGAGCGAGUGUAACCCAGCCUUGGAUGACCCAACACCAGACUACAUGAACCUGCUCGGCAUGAUCUUCAGCAUGUGUGGCCUCAUGCUCAAGCUGAAGUGGUGCGCUUGGGUCGCCGUCUACUGCUCCUUCAUCAGCUUUGCCAACUCGCGGAGCUCUGAGGACACCAAGCAGAUGAUGAGCAGCUUCAUGCUGUCCAUCUCUGCCGUGGUGAUGUCAUAUCUGCAGAACCCUCAGCCCAUGACGCCCCCCUGGUGAUGGCAGCCUAGAGGGCUCACAUCCUGGACCCCUCUAUCUACCUUACGCCCUAGGCCUGGCCCGUGGCUGCUCAGCCUCCUGCCCUCAGCUGCAGUCCUGGGCUUCCCUGCAGCUGGAUGGAGGGAACCUGGCCCUGUCCUUGGGAUCCCACUUUGCUGGAGCAGAGAGGGGAAUCUCCUGGGUCUACCCCUGCUGCCUUCCUUCCCCACCCUGCCUGCUGUUGGGGGAGAUACUAUCCGUGUUUCUAGGUGUAUCCACUCAUUUUCUUGUUGAAACCAGCUAAUAAUAAAUUUUUGCAUUCUGGUUGUUCUCUGA